UGUUCUCUUCCUCUUCAUCAACAAGAAGAUAUAUUUAGAAAAAAUAGGCCUUCCAUGCCUGGAGCAACGAGGGAAAAGGAAGCACUCUAAAGACAAGACUGGGAUCCAUGAGGGGCUGGCUGAGAAGUUUUGAGAGUGAACUAUUCACAGCCAUUAAGAGACCUCCAAUUUAAUUUGUCAUCACGCUUAUUCUAUAGUUCACAUUAAGUCCAGAGUACUGAAGGAGCUGAACAAGUCGACUUGUAGACAUCAGAUAGCUGGCCAUGGUUUUGGCCAUGGCGUCUCAGGAUGCUCAGAACUUCUUCCAGCCUCUCUCUUCCUGGAUAUCUCGGGUUUAUGAAGCUCUCCAGCAAGCAGGAGAUAUGUUAUCUGCUUCGCUGGUUAACUUAAGCAAACAAGACUCUAAAUUGAGUGACAAGCUAGACCAGGACUUAGAUGAUAUUCAGAUUCAGAAAGCUUACUUUGAAGAUGAAGAACAAGGCAAUGAUUGGCGUCAAGAGGAUGCAAAUCCCUUGUUUCUUGAAGUGGAUCAUUUCUCCCGUUGUAAUAGUGAUUUGCAGGACUCUGCCCAAAGUUUGAGCCCCAGACUUAGCCAACAUGCAAAGGACUCAUGUUCUAUAAUGUCCCAGUGGCCCAGUCAGACCCUUGAUGACCAAAAGCUACCACAUGUGCCUUCUUCUAUUGCUGAGGAAGAACAUCACCUUGAAAAGCAAAGGAGUGACCUUCAACACAGCUUUAACAGCCAGCUCUCUGGUAUUUUAGAAAAUGUUAAUGGAAAAAAGCAAGUUAACAGCUUUGGAGAUGAUGAGGAGCCAUGCACGUCUUCUGACAGUGACGAAGAGGUGAUCAAACAAUUUGAGAUUUCUGUGUCCCGGUCCCAGAGUUUCCAUUCAGAAGCAUCUGAGAAAGGAAAGCAGGUGGGAUUGGAGCAGAAAUCAAAAUUCAGCCGCCUGCUCUCUACCUGUGAGGAGGAUAACAGAGAAGUGUCUGCCUGUGAAGAUUUGGAUGGAGCCAGCCAGCUGAAUUACUCUGAGAAUCUGUCCUAUGGUGAAGAUGAUCCCAUUUCUGCCCACUCACAAGCCCCAUGUGAGGUGGGGAACAGCAGACACCAUGGCACAUCUCCCCAAGAGACCAAUGUGCCUCGAGGCCUCCGUCGCCAGUCCACAGAAGGCAGCGUGGAAUUGGAGACAGCUUUUAAUAACCGGGGAUUUGAAGAUUCCUAUGCUACUGACAGCUCCUCCAUGUGGAGUCCAGAGGAACAGGGUGGGGCCAAUUUGCAGGUGCCAACUGGGGUCUUGGAGCCCAUCUCAAAAUGUGGUGACCUGGAUGUCAUCUUUGAAUAUAGAGCUUCCAGCCAGAAGCUCACGGUGACCAUUGUGAGAGCACAGGGCCUCCCAGAUAAGGACCGAAGUGGUGUUAACUCCUGGCAAGUUCAUGUGGUGCUGCUGCCCAGUAAGAAACAGAGGGGCAGGACAAGCAUACAAAGAGGCCCCAACCCUGUCUUCAAGGAGAAGGUCACCUUUGCUAAGCUGGAGCCCAGAGAUGUGGCUGCCUAUGCUAUCCGCUUCCGCCUGUAUGCUGCCCGUAUGAUGACCCGUGAGAGAAUGAUGGGAGAGAAGCUCUUCCAUCUCAGCCACCUGCACCCAGAAGGGGAAAUGAAAGUGACUCUGGUUCUGGAGCCAAGAAGUAAUAUCAGUAGUGGAGAGUCUCCGCUGAGCCCAUCUGCAGUUUCUCACAGUGAUAGUGCUUCAUCCACGCAGUCGCUGUCUCAUGGAGGGGCGCCAGAGCUAUUGGUGGGGCUGGCAUACAAUGCCACAACGGGGCGAUUAUCUGUGGAAAUGAUCAAAGGCAGCCAUUUCCGAAACCUCGCUGUGAAUAGAGCGCCUGAUACUUAUGGAAAGCUCUUUCUUCUCAAUUCUGUGGGUCAAGAGAUGUCCCGUUGUAAGACGUCCAUUCGACGUGGUCAACCCAAUCCUGUCUAUAAGGAAACCUUUGUUUUCCAGGUGGCCCUCUUUCAGCUCUCUGAUGUCACAUUGAUGAUUUCCGUUUAUAACAGGCGUACUAUGAAGCGUAAAGAGAUGAUUGGUUGGAUUGCUCUGGGCCAAAACAGUAGUGGAGAGGAGGAACAAGACCAUUGGGAGGAAAUGAAGGAAACCAAAGGUCAGCAAAUCUGCAGGUGGCACACCUUGCUCGAAUCCUAGUUUUGCCAACAGGCAUUUGCAUGCUACAUCUGCCCCAGUGACCAGUGUUAUGGCCAUUGAUACCAACCCAGCACAUGCUGGUAGGCAUUUGAAAGACAGGCUUACAAAUAGGUAUUAGAAUCUACUAACCUCUGGGACAUUCUAAGCAGGAUCUUUGGGUCUCUCCAAGGUUUGAUUUGGUUCAGUUAUUGUAAUUUUAAAAAACCACAUACACGGUCAAGUGUACUUUAUGGAAAAUUAACCACAGUUAGGAACAGUGAUGAUGAGUUAAUUUGUGUUAAUAUAUUAUUGAGUCUGGGUUCAGUCAGUGGAAUGAAGCUUCUCUUGCUGUCUCUAUUUGCUUGAAGAGUCACCUGAGAUUGCAAGGGAGCUGUUAAAUCUCACUAUUAUAACCAGGUAUGUGUAUCAAUCAGAAUUUUGUUAAUAUGGUGCCAAAAAUUCCCCACUGCAGAAAUGAAUAAGAUGCCUAGGCUCAUAAGAGAAUGUAACUGUCAUCCUUAAUCCCCUAUUUUACAUUUUUCUCUUUAUGAAGAAAACUCCUUAUUUACCUAACAAAUAAAUGUUAUAAAUUCGUACUUACAAAACAAAUUUUUGUUCAUUAAAUACCUUUCUUUAUCUCAUUUAUGUAUUGCGGUUUCCUAUGAGAUUUGGUUAGAUGAAUCAUUUUGAAGGUAAAACAAUUGAAAAAUACUAUUGAAAGACAUUGUCUCCUUUUAAUAUGUAGGAUUUCCAACUUAUAAUUUUCAGAGAUUUUAUGCUAUUUUUCUCACCUCAUAAAUUCUUACAGAAUAAGAAGAAAACUAAAAACAAACAAAAAACCUAUUUAAGUCAUGGAUUUGUUGAUUUUCUGAAUCGAAUGUUCUCCUUUAGAUUAUACUUUUUCUAUAUUCAGUGAUAUAUACUCAUACAAAUAUUUUGAAUGUCCACCUGCAUGUAAACCAUAUUCUUUUUUAUGUAAUUAUCUUCCAUCAUUAGAGCAUAGUAAAUUGUAAACAAUGGGUCCUUAAUAAAUGUUGAUUUAAUUGACUCUGAAAAAUAAACAUGUUAUGAUACCUGUGAAUGAAGAAAUAUUUUCAGCUUGUAUGAAAUGACACUGAGUUGGGUUUGUUUUGUUUUGUUUUGUUUUGUUGAGCAUUGAAAGUGCCUAUAAUUGUCAUUUUCCAUGGCAUUUGCGGCAGUAUAUAUUAGUCACUAUGUGCAUUCUGGGCAUGUGCCAUUCAGAACACUGAUCUUGUACAGUGAUGAGCAUGAAAUUGUAUCUCCAACCGACUUUUACAUAUCUGUGCAGUGCUUGUUUAUUUUUCUUUUGCUUAUAUGUGAGUCCUUAAUUUUAAUUACUUUAAAUUGUUAGUAAUAAAAGGGAAAAAUGUGUGUACAUGUAAUAUGGCACCUAAUGUGCAGCUCUUCUGAGCAAUUGCUCAGUCACUUAUUUUUAGCUUUUAUGUUUCAUUGUUGACUUUUUGCUGUCUGUGGGAAGAGUGAUAGCUAGUGAUGGAUGUAUACAGUUAAAAACACAUAACUCCUCCUCAGCUCUACAUUUUGACAGAUUGUAAAUGUAGGCUGUAACACUUGAAGAACAUAUUUAUUCCUUACAGUGCAGUAUGUAAUGGUUAUCCUGACAAGAAGAGACGGGGGCACAGGAUAAUUCUUCUGUGAUUUCAAGUACCAAUUUUUGGAAGAAGUGAUUUCAGGUGGAAGAAUCAGAAUUAGCAAAAUAAAUUAAUAUCUUAAUUUCUUUUUAGGUCAUGGGAGUUUCAUCUCUAAUACUGCUCGGUUAUUGGGAAUAAGUAAUAAAACCAUGCUCCUUUGGGUUUUUACCCUACCUUUCUUUAGAAGACCUCAAAGUGCUUUUCCAACAUUAUAUCCAUUAACUGCGGAGUGGUCUUUGCAGUGUGGCUCUCAUCGAGUAGAACUGAGUGCAAUUGAUUAAGUAGCGGCACAAAGAAUUGGCUUUUCACAUCUCUUACUCUCUUUAUGCGCUUGUGUUUAAAGGGAAGUAGAGCAGCCUUGUUAUGCUUUCCUUUAUGCAGUAACAUAAAAGCAGCAUUCACUUUAAAAUUUACAUUUGAAAAAAACCUGCAUAUAUUGUACUGACCAUCCUGGAUUUCUCCCCCUCAUAUUUUCCUGCUCUGUUUUGCUGCAUCCCUUGUCUUGCGGUGCCCAAUAAUCACCUAUGCUUCAUUUUCUGCUGCCUUGACCCAUCAAUUUUUAGGGUUUUCUGGUAUAGUGAAGCUAUCCUUUUGGGUUUGAUCUCUUCUCUGAUAGUCUGUUUAUGGGACUGUUGCAGGAAUGUGCAGCAUUUUAAGGAACAAAACGCCUGAAAAGCAUUUUUUAAUUUUUGUAAUUGUACUAUGUUGGUGCUAUUCACCACGUAGGAUGCAUGUACAUCUUGAAUAUACAGCAAUCUAAAACUGACUGUGUAAAUAUAAAAUGCUAAUGACAAGAUACAUUAAAAUAUGAGGCUGAAUUUUUUUUUUUACAUUGACUUGAAAUUCUGGUUUAGUAAGAUCUUUUGAUUUUGUACAUUUCAACUCCCUUAUUUGCUUGGCAAAGUCUAGACACAAUGCACUCAGCAUGUUUUUCUUUUCACUAGAGCUCUCACAUCUACAUUUGCUUUUUAACAGAGUUAUGAAAGAUAAUUAGUUGGUUCAGUGGUAGAAAAGCUCCUUUUGCCUAUUUUAUCUAGCUAAGAAUUAACAUCUUAUAGAGACAUUUGAAAUUGAAGAAAAGAAGCACCAGUAUUUGUUACAUGAGUAGUUCUUUCCAUGAUUUUUCUUGAAGACAGUGCUUUUUAAAUACUACGAUAGAGGGUAACUGCUGCACUAGGUUUAUACAAAUCUGCUUUAUAGUGUGUCUUCUUUCAGGACAGUAAUUUACACUGAAUUGAGAAGUGCUGGUCUCACCAAUCAUGGUGGUGGCUCUGGUGCUCCCUGCUCCCCUCUGACUAUUGUUGAAUUUGUAAAUGGACCAUUCACCAGGCAGCCAGGCAUCUGCUCUGGCUUCUCUCUCCUUCAUUGGCUCCCUGUGUGAUGCGCAGUUGUUUGUGCCCCUGUUUAUGCUGAUGUAGCAUAGCUGUUGGAAGGAGGUCUUGCCUUCCUUAACAGUAGAAGAACUUGUACCGCUGUUGGAUGUAUUACUCUUGGCAUCCACCUGCACAGAGUUCGAGAAAGAAUCCUCACUGUGACUGCUAGGGGGCAAAGAGAGCAUGCUACUGCAUUGUCCUUCACUUAAGGCACCCAGUACUCUGCUCUUUCUUUGAUGACAGUUACUGAUAGAGCUUGGACACUGAUGUUCUCCGCAGUGUGAGGUGCUGUGGUGAGAACAUAGCCUCUGUCUUUGCAGCAGAGGGGCUUUGGGGGCAUUUUACAAAUUGUUGACACCCCUUGGUCAGACACUAUGCUUCACAUCUAUGUACACUAUGGCUGUACUAGAUGCUCAUAUCGGAGAACCAAAAAUUCUUUUCAAGUAACUCAUCAUUUAAGUUGAAACUACCAUUGAGUUUAGUAAACGUGAUUCUCUGAUAGCCAUUGAAUUUAUGAAUUUGAUGGUUCAGUGUGGACAUUGAACUGUGGGGUUCCCCAAAGGCCAGGCUAUCCUUUUGCAGCAGAGAAGUUAGUAUGUUAAGAUCAGAAAAGUGAGAGAAGAGGAUUAUUUGUAGAUGACAUAAAACCAAAUAGAGGCACAUGUUUUAACAACAAACAGGACCAGAAAGCACCUGCAGUGUCUCCUCUUAGUUUAAGGGAACUGUAGCAAAAGCGCAUUCUAUUCCAUUUGAUCCACAACAAACACAAACAAUAGAUAAUCCUGAAGUGGCAAAAGUAUUUUGUCUUAAAAAAUAAUUUUUUUUCCAAAAAAGAAAGGCUAGGCAAAACUAUAAAAGACAAAUCAUCUAGCAUAAGUAUGGAAGAAUGAAAUAAUAAAUAAUUAUGCUAGAUACCUUCAGCCUCCACUGGCAUAUAUUCAAGAAGAGUACACAAAUAAACCAAAAGACAUUUCAGGUUAACUAGCUAUCAUUUUUUCACAACUUGUGGAAUUUGGGAAAAUACUUAAAAGUGAGGGAAGUGAGACCAGUUUAGCUCAAUGAAGUUGACCAAGGCUGCAGUCUUGCCUGGGUUAGAAUGGAACUCUGCCAGCUGUGUGGCCUUAAGAAAAUGCUUAGCCAGUCUGUAUCCCUGAUGCCUCAACUGGAAAAUGGAAAGUGAUACCUACCUCAUCAGGUUUUUUUUAAAAGAUGGUAAUGAAAUAACAGCAUUGAGCCUGGCAUAUAAUAAGCAUUCAAUUUCCCCCAUCCCCAACCAUACUUAAACAAGAAUAAAGCCUUUAAGAUUUGUUUCUGUCUAGCAAAAGUAAUAGUAACAGAGAAAGGCUAUAUAAACAAUUCUUAGAUAUUUUAAAAAGGGUAGGCUUAUAAAGUCUGGUCUGAAUUUGUAAAGAAAAGAAGUCUUAUGGGGUAACCUAGAAAGAGAUAAGCCUGAUAUAUUGAGUCUUAAUAAACCCCAAAUGAUGUAUAAUAACCAAUCUUCAUCUUUCACCCCCUUACUUUGGAGUGGAUGCAAAACCUUGGUGCUUGCGCACGUCUUCGUAAAUUGCUUUACCCCCUGUUCUCUUCAAUUCAGACAUGGACAGAGCACUGUAUACCAAUGAAAAGAGUUGGUCAGGUGACAAUUUGAGUACAUAUUUCAACUUUGGCAUGAGCAUUUUUUUUAAAAAUGGUAUGUCCAUUCACUGACACUCGUUUAAAAAUGGACAAUUUUUUAGCCUAUACUAAAGAUAUCUUCAUAGGCAAAUUUUUAAAACUGUUCUCAUGCAGCUAUCAAAACUCAUCUGUUUAACUGGAUAAUUCUUUUCAGGACGAGUCAUUUAUCACUGUUUCCCUGAGGAAAUCACAAUGAAAGGAAUUCUAUUAGAGUUCAUAUUAAGUCCUUCUUGAAAAGGGUUUUAAAGAGUGAUUUGCUGAUGUAAUAGAAAACAUGUUGAGUUGUGUUCAAGUGUUCAGACUGUGAGUAAAAAGGAGAAUUUCCUGAGAAUUUUGUGGACAUUUGAUCUGCAGAAGUGGUCAGGAACAAACCAUCUCAAGUUUAGGGUAACAAAGUGCCAUGAACCAGUCAUGCACUACUUGAUGUCUUAAACCAAAUGUGAUUCUGGAAUGGGGAAAUAUGAGCAUACAUCCCCAAGAUUGCCAGGCUGCCAAAGUGCUGAAUCAGGUUCUGGGAUUUCCACUUAAGGAGAAAUGGGGACACUAGAAGAGAAUCAUUUAGCUGAGGGGUUUUGUCGGGAACAGUUCACGUAGGGAACAGUUCACGUAGGCAGUUAAAGGGAAUGGAUGGGAGUUGAAAGACUGUGGAGUGAUUUCUAGAAACAGUUAUCCAGAAUAUGUGUUCCUUCCCUUCCUGGUCAUGUGGACAGAGUGAGAGCUUCCAUCUAAAUCAAGUCACAAGAGUUUACCUUAGAUAUAAGGAGAAGGAUUUGAAGGUUGUUUUGCAUUAAUUCAAAAUGUGUCCAUCAGAUUUUCCUGGGUCUAGCACCAGGCUAUUUGGCAUAAUACAGGACUUAAAAUCUUUUUUCUCCCCCCUCCAACUUUUUGGAAUGGUGUGAUUACACAUUGAAGCAAUUAGUCAUCAUGAUAAAAACAAUGUUUAUCAACAAUUGUUCAGUUGAUCCAAUCAUGUGCUAUAAAAAGCAGAAUUCCUUGUUAUGGGUUAUUGUUGAAAGGAGGUGAAAUGUAUUGACUGAAUGUAUUGGAGAGAGUGUCUAAGAAGCCGGGACCUGCAGUGGACCUUGGUCACAUUGGAGAAGGAAUUGUCCAAGGAGAGCACAGAAUCAUCUUAGAAGGCUUUUAAAGUUCCUUCUAAGUCUAAUAUUUUAUAUGUAACCUCUAGACAGAAUCAACAAUAACAACACUCUAGGCCUGUCCUCUUCCCCUUUGGACAUUGUUUCCACAUUGAUUUUUCUCUGCUUCAUAGGAGGUAUUCUCUGGGGAGUUCCUGUUUGGGCUUUGUUUAAGUGACUUUGGGGAUGCCUGCAGGCUCUGGAUGAGUUUCCUCUCCUAUGGCGUUUUUCUUUCCCCUGGGGCUCCAAGCAGUAUCCUAGACACACAGACAAUAAUCAGCUGUAUUUAUAGCUACUGUGGAACCUGUAAAACAGCUUGAGGCUUUAUAGAAAAAACUCAGAGGCAGUCAUCGAGACCUGUGGACGUUCCUAGAAUAAACCACCCCUGAAUGUUACUACCUGUGCUCCCUUGCUCACUAAUGCUGCCUUAAGCUGUCUCCAUGGGAAUUUUUACUUCAUGCCUUUGAGCAGCAAUGCUAUCUACCAACUCUACUCUGAGGAUGCUAAGAAGGCUGCUUGCCCAUUGAUACCACCAUAUUUAUGCAUUAUUUUUGUCUACUUCAUUUUCCCCUUAAAGGAUCUGAUUACUGUUUUAAAAUUUAUUCAUUCAAAAGAUAUUGAGUAUAUUUAUCCCAGGUUCUGGAAUAGGGGCUGGAGAAUGGUAGAUGAGUAGAACAGUUUGAGCUCAAUGAUUGCUUUUAUUUCUAAAUAUUCAAUUUUUUAAACUAGGUAAACAAUAAGAUCUUUUAUUACCCUUUAAUUUUUGCCAAAUGUAUUUCUGUAAUUUUUUUUUUACUCCCUGUUGAAAGGGAGAAGAUUUAAGGAAAGUGGAAGUUAUUAUUCUGCCUCUGGUUAAGAAAUAAAUGCACUGUUUAUCAGUCUAUGCUUCCCUUCAAAAUAAAUGGAUGCUUUAUAUCUGAGGGAAGAAAUGCAGCAUUCCAUUCCAGUAAUGACAUGAGUUAUAGCUUGAAAUAGAUGGAUAUUUAAUAUUUUUCACUUACAUAAUUGAAUACUGAAUAUCUUUUAUAAAACAGGAAGCAGGUCAGAGCCUGGAAUGUACAAACAAAUGUAAUACGGUUCUUAUAAGCUCAAUGUUUUAACAGCUAAAAGGCAUUGCUACCUUUUACUUUUUGAAAGAGUGAAGUGGAAACCAUAGCUGCCAAAUAAAGGGGUAACGGUGUGAAACAAAGAUUCCUGCUUACCAAUCUAUUUCUUUUGAUUAACGUUUGUCCUAGAUAUUAUACACUAAACACAUUUGGGACAUCCCUGUAAAAUGGGUAAAGGUCAACAUUGGGAGUAUCCCUUCCUUGGCAGAUAGUCUUAAACUCUUAUAUUCAAUUUAAUAACAGGAGACAAAGGAGUUUAUUGUAUGGACUUAAUACUUAUAAUUUUUAACACCAUAGAAACUUAUCUUAAAUAUCAACUAAAUAUGUCUCAAUCCAUGAUUCCAGGUCAGAAUCUUUGGUGGCCUAAAUUCGUACUGAAGAUAGUCUUUUAGUGUUGCCCCAGUGGAUGGUCCAUAAUAAAAUAGUUUAACAUCUCUUAUUUGAUAAGGACCUUGAUUGGGGGGAAAAGAUAUUAAAAGGCUGCCACUAAAAACUGGUGAGUAGUAUGUACAUCAAAAGAAUGCUAUUUCCAUGUAAGCUCUUCUGUAUACUAUGUUCACAUUCUAGGGCCACAUGUCUCUCUUAAGAGUUUGUCAAGUUUCUUACAGGUAGCACCUUGAGCAAAGCUUCCUAAUAUUGCUAUUUCCCUGUGGGCCAUGAUAAGCUUUAUUAAUUCACAACUACACCAAAUUAUAUUGCAGUCUUUUACUAUGCCACCAUACUAAUGCAGAUGUAAAUUAAAUUUCAUUAUUAUGAAACACAAAAUGUUUUCCAGAAUUUUAAAUUUUAAUAUUGCAGAUUUUGUUAUUUUAAGUUUGUGAAUAAGAAGUUAGUAUUUGUAUACUUCAGUGUGACCGAGACAUUUCUCUGAUAAUAUUUUGAAAUAAGAUUUGGCCUCUAUUUCUAGGAAAAAAAGCAUAAUGGUCUUUGUGAUUUUACUUGCUUUUAAAAAAAAAUCAGUAAACUUUUUUGGGAGCAAUUUUAGGUUUAUAGCAAAUUUGAGUAGAAACUAGAGUUCCUGUGUAUGCCCUGCCCCCAUACUUGCACAACCUUCCCCACUGUCGGAAUACGUCACCAGAGUGGGUAUGUUACAGUGACGGGCCUACUCGGGCACAGCAUUAUCAUCCAAAUUACAUAUUUUACAUGAGGGUUCACUCUUGGUGUUUCACUACCUUAAACAUUUUCUGUGCUCUGGCUAUGCAUCCCUCCUCCCUAACCCUUGGCAACCAGUGAUCUCUUUACUGUCUCCAUAGCUUGCUUUUUUCCAGAAUGUCAUAUAGUUGGAAUCAUACAGUCUUUUCAGAUUGGCUGCUUUCACAUAGUAAUGUGCAUUUAAGGUUCCUUCCUGUCUCUUCACAGCUUCAUAGUUCAUUUCUUUUUAGCGCUGAAUAAUAAUAAUAUCUCAUUGUCUGGAUGUGCUGGUCUGUUCAUUAUUUACGUUUAUUUUUGGUUCUGAUUGCCAGUGUACAGUUUGCCAAUGUUCAUGUUCUCAAGAAAACUGGAGCAUUAAUUCAUAUGAUGCAUCAAGUAACAUGUAGCAAUUUCCAGUCCGGUGUAAAUUUCACCUGUGUGAUAUUAGGCUUGCUUCACCUUUGAGUAGAAGAUUCAUGGAAAACAUUACGUAAUUUCACAGUUGGAAUCUAAGCAGAGAAAGUUCUGAAGGCAAUGAGGAUAUGAUCCCCAAAUUUAGCGACUCUGUGGUGUUUUCUCUUGUUGAGCACUGAUUUAAAUGUACAUUGAUAAAAAGUGCUAAUUACAUUAUUACUGAUUCAUGACAGAAAACCACCUUCUGUUACUAGUUUGUAUGACUUUACAUUUACCACUGCUGCCAAGAGAAAGGAAGCUUCGUGAUUGCACCCUGUCAUAGUCAAUUGUGCAAAUUAGCUGAAAGUGGUAUGUAAGCAUCUGGAUCACACAGGAACUCUGAAUUUUGAAUAGAAGGAUGACCUGGGAUAAUGCAUAGGCUGAAUGAACAAGUAGUGGAUACUGGAGUGAUAACACUGAUAAUCACACUGGGUGAAUUGGAGGACCUGACUGAUGAUCAAUAUCUGGGAAACAUUUUGACAUUUUCAUGUGCACUGAUUGCCCUUUGCUUUGUAGCUGCAGCACCUGUGGAGCGAGGCAUUGUUGCAGAGAUGAGUGUGGUUGUGGAAAGAAUAUUGGAUUAGAUUAAAAUUAAUGAGGCCUAUGUUCUAUACCAAGUCUUCCUCUAAUGAGCUCUAAAAUGAAUGUCAAGUCACAGGUUCUCUAAGCCUUCAAUUUUGCAUCUGUCAGCUGGGAAUAGUAAUACUCAUUUUACUUGUUUUCACCGUGUUGUUAUAAGAUUCAUUCAUUCCUUCAUUAAUAUCACAAACACUCAGACCAGAGUCCUCACUAUGUAUGGGGGUCACAGGCAUAACAAGGUAAUAGAUAGAAAUACACUUUGCAGAACUGAGAGUUUUUGAGGGCGGUGAGAUAUUUUCUUGUUUUUAUUUGAAAGUGAAAUCAGUUCUAUAUGUCAAUAUAUCAAAGUAAUUGACGCUUCUAGAUCUCUGCCAGUCAUCGAGCUAUAUUCAUAGAGUGCCAGUUAUUUGACUAAAAGUUACAGGCAAAAUGGUCUUUAACCAUUGUGCCUCUGAGAAGCUAGAAAUAAAGUAUUAGGUUCAAAUUCUUUUGUUCAGAUACCCUGACCACGGAACAAAUUGUAAAUCCAUUGUUUUGGCAGGCUUGCCAAUCUUCGAGUUGAACAUAGAUCUUUCUUCUUUGGAACAAUUUAACUUUGAGUACAGGGAAAGUAUUAAGUUGAAUAGCACUUUUUCUUUUUUCACAAAAUGGAAUUUGAAUACAGUAUUUGGAAAGAUACUUCCCCCACCAGAAAAUGUCCUUCAAUCUACAUUAUUAUAUUUCUCUUGGAGAAUUAACUUUCUUCAGCUUUCCCCUCCUAAGUGACUUUCCUCACCCACAUAUAAUCAUUUUCUUCCUAAAUACCAUUUAUCAUCUCCUAGAAAAAAAGUAAAGAUUUAAAAAAAAACAUUUUCAAGGUACAUCCAAGAUUUCAUAGCAAUAUUUGGUGUUCACAGUGCAAGAUAAAUCUGACUCUCGAUUUUUUUUUUUUUUGGUCUUCAUAUGGCAUCCGAAACAGUUGUUCACAUUCACACUUUUAUGUUUCACCAUAUGCAUACUGUGUGCAACUCUGUUGUUUUAAAAUAUUUUAUUGGUUUUCCUUUAAAUCUCAACUUUUGAUGGGUGUCCUUGAAGAACUUGCAUGCAAAAAAAAGUAAAUGUGAAUGAUUCAUUCAUUUUGAACAUAUGUAACUAUUUUGGGGAGAUAUUACCCUACAUGGAGCACACUGUUCUCAGCAGGGAGUGUACUUUGUAUUUCAGUUCAACUCACAGCUGGAUGCUGGAGAUGUAUUAAUAUUGUUAUCCUGUAUCUUUUCUAUCUCAUGUUUACUUUAAUGAAUUACAUGCAAUCAACUGUCCUGAAUUUUUGGUGGCUGUGAACGGCGGUCAAUAAUUUAAUGGAUUUCACUUGUGGGGACAAUUUAGCAUAAUGUGGCUUAAAAUCUGGUCUUCCUUCAAAUUUCUAAGUCAAAAGAAGGCUUCCAUAGGCAAAUCCAUUGUCUCAGGCCAGACUUGUUAAUUGUAAGGUAGGAGCUGCCCCAAACCUGUCCCAUUACUUCAUGGGCAUUUCUAGAUAGGGCUGCUGUCAUAUUUUCUUCUCGAAAGUUUUCCAAGAGAGAAGCAAUCUCUGAGUGGUCCAGGAGUUCAAGGGAGAAACAAAAAGGAUUUUCUCCUCCAAAGGGUUGAGAACUCUCAUGUUAGAAACUUCGGAAAUCUUCAGAACAUUCCAUGUAGGUGUCCCUGUGUUCCUCACAGAAUGACUUACUGACUUAACGGUGUCUUCUAUUUAAGAAGCAUGAAUGUAUCUCCAGCUGUUACCAAAACAAACAGCUAUAGAAUGUAAUGACCCACCCAUUUCUAAAAUUACUUCUAUUGAUGAAUAAUUAGUGUAUAGGAAAAGGUUUGGAAAUUUUUUUUAAUUGCUAAACUUAAAAACUGUUAUACCUUUCUACCUUUUGUAAUGUUCAAGAUUUCAUAACAGUGGUUUUAAUGUAUUUUGGCUGUACUGUUAUGUCUUGUGUUAUUACUGGGCAAGCCAGGGAAAUAUUUAAUAUCCAUACUCGGGAUAGAAACACCCUUGAAAGUAUGUUAGAAAAUUUAAAAUUGUUUACCUGUGAUAGAGAAUAAGUUUGUGAUUAGAAGAAUUAUUGUUUUUCUGGUACAAAUAAUGCUUAAAGCAGAUGUUCUGUCUUACAGUGAUGUUGGAAGCAUAUUUUAUGCAGCCUAAAAACUAUUUCUGUAUUAGAUAUUUAAAUGCAUGAGGAUAAAUUCGAAUUGCUUUUUGUUUAAAGCAGAAACAUAGAAGUAUUAGCCCCAGUUUGUACAAAAUGUCUGCUGCAACUGAACUCAUGAUAGUUCAAAACCGAAAAUCAUUCUAAUUUUGUAAAACUGCUGCUACUGGUUUUAUCAAUAAAGUUUAAGCAGAUGGCUUAUA